UGACGAGCUAAAAAUGGCGCGUGGUUGUAUUGUAGCUACAUUUAUUAAUUAAUUUUGUAUGGUAGAAAUAGAAGGCAACACGACAGUUGAGUGUUGUACCAUCCCAGCUUCAAGCUUCAGCUUCAGCUUCUUUGGAAAAUCUGAGCAAUUUCCUACUUCUGAGGAUUCCACAUAUUUGUGGACACUACUCUCACCACCUUCAUCAUCAUCAUCAUCUUCCACUAUCUUCAUCUAAGCUUACCAAGGAAAUAGUGCUCUAAACAUGUGGCAUAAGUAUCUGCUGGUGGGUUUGUACUUAUGGGCCUUGAUAGGCUCACUUCUUCCUGCUUCUUCCGAUGGUUUAAUGAGAAUUAACUUGAGGAAGAGAGACCUUGAUCUUGAAAGUAUCAAAGCUGCCAGGUUUGAAAGAGAGCAUAAAUAUUUGGUUAGCUCAUCAGAUGAAGAUAUAGUACCUUUGAAGAACUAUUUGGAUGCCCAAUACUUUGGAGAGAUUAGUAUUGGCUCACCCCCUCAGAAUUUUACUGUCAUAUUUGACACUGGAAGUUCCAAUCUUUGGGUUCCAUCAGCAAAAUGCUACUUUUCUAUAGCUUGUUAUUUCCAUUCUCGGUACAAGUCAAGUCGGUCUAGCACCUAUACUAGCAUUGGAAAAUCUUGUGAAAUAGACUAUGGUUCUGGAUCAAUAUCUGGUUUCUUCAGCCAAGACUAUGUUCAAGUUGGAGAUGUUGUUGUCAAAGAUCAGGUUUUCAUUGAGGCCACUCGAGAAGGCAGUCUCACGUUCUUGGUAGCCAAGUUUGAUGGACUAUUUGGACUUGGCUUUCAGGAAAUAUCAGUUGGGAAUACUACACCCGUUUGGUACAACAUGGUGCAACAAGACCUUGUGAGUGAAGAAGUCUUCUCAUUCUGGCUUAACCGUGAUCCAGCAGGAAAAAUGGGAGGUGAACUUGUCUUUGGUGGAGUUGACUCAAAGCACUAUAAGGGAAAACAUACUUAUGUUCCAGUUACUAAAAAGGGUUACUGGCAAAUCGAAAUGGGAGAUAUUUUCGUUGGAAACCAGUCAACAGGUGUUUGUGAGGGAGGAUGUGCUGCUAUUGUGGAUUCAGGAACGUCCUUGCUUGCUGGUCCAACAACUAUUGUGACUGAGAUCAACCAUGCUAUUGGAGCCAAGGGAGUAGUGAGCACAGAAUGCAAGCUAGUUGUUUCACAAUAUGGAGACAUCAUAUGGAAUCUACUGAUAUCAGGGGUACAACCCGAUAAAGUUUGUGCACAGCUUGGUUUGUGCUUGUUCAAUGGGGCUGAGUAUGUAAGUACCGGGAUCGAAACAGUAGUUGAUAAGGAGAAUAGGAAGGAGGGAGUUGCAGCAAAAGAUCCUGCUUUAUGCACAGUUUGUGAGAUGGCUGUUAUUUGGGCUCAGAAUCAGCUAAAACAGAAGGGAACCAAAGAAAAAGUGCUCAACUAUAUUAAUGAGCUUUGUGAGAGCCUGCCAAGCCCAGCCGGGGAAUCAGUAAUAAACUGCAAAAGCAUUUCAAACAUGCCAAACAUUACAUUCACCAUUGGAGGCAAAUCUUUCCCUCUAACUCCUGAACAGUACAUUCUGAAGACUGGAGAAGGCAUUUCUUCAGUCUGCAUCAGUGGGUUUUCAGCUUUUGAUGUGCCUCCUCCAACGGGUCCACUCUGGAUUCUUGGAGAUGUAUUUAUGGGUGUGUAUCACACAGUGUUCGACUAUGGUGACCUCAAAGUGGGUUUUGCUGAAGCGGUUUAGCACUAUGGCGAUCUAUGGGAGCUGCUGCUUUAUCUUUUUACUUUGUCAUAUUUGGAGACUUUUUAAGUAGGCUGUCUCAAUAUAAUGUGUGUGAAAAAGCCAUGUAUAACUAUAAAAUGCGAUUCCAUACAGCUGAGACAGAUUAACCAAGUACUGAUAUCUUCUGGGGAUCAUCAUGUAUCUAUUUCUUUUGACAAACUUAUGCCAUGUCUUAAAAAUAAAAUCGGUAUCCUGAGACUAGUUAUAAUUACA